AUUACGUAUUACAUCCACUGAUUUUACCUGAUAAUUCUGGCGUAGCUGGCUCAUCAAGUUUAAUGUUUUCGUAUUCACUGUUAGAUUUUGGUUAAAAUACGAAGAUGCUGGAAUAUUUUUAUUUUUUUUAAUGCCCCAGCUCACACUCCAAUGACCGCUGGAACCAGUUGUGAUUAUCCUAUUCUGGAGGGGGGGGAAAUGGAACGGCCAAAAAUGUUGACUAUGACAAUCGUACUCUAGAAUCUAGGCGAGGCCCCAUGGUCAUAUUAUUGAUUGAAUUUACUAUUUACCAAAUUUGUUGGUGCUGUAUAAUAGAUUCCUACCAUUUUGAAGGGUCAAUCAAAGACUGCUGUAAGGUGAUUUCACAGAGUGCCAUGGAUGGAAAUUCACUGGAAUGUAGAUGAAAUCCUCAAGCAAGAUUUUUCUGCAUUCCUAGGAAUCAAGUUAACUUUGUGAUAAGAGAUAAAAGAUCCUUUCUGCAUUUAUUUUUGUUUUCUACAAUGGAUAAUCAAGGUCCAGAACAAGAUUUAUCUGUUGGUCAACUUGAGACGGCUUGUUUACUGACUUCAGCGCCUACCAUCAGUGUCUCAGAGAAUUAUGACAGUACAGAUAUGAUUGCUAACCCAGCGAAUUCAUUGCAAAUUCCAGAUGAUCCUGAAGUCAACAUGACCUCAAUUCCUAGCAGUAGGCAGGCCUCUGUUCAUGCAGUUCGUCCCUCUGGAGAAGAAAACUCUGUUCAGGUCAAGGUUUCUGAUCCUUCACAUAUAAUCCAUAGUGUUAAUCAUCCCAUCAUACUAGGAAAUAUAAAUGCUGCAAAUAUACUGCCUACGGCUUUUAUACACAGGCCAAAUGACAAUACUUUGUCUCAAGAAGCCAGUGUAUCAGCUGAGUAUGGAGGAAGUAAUUUUCAGGGUGUCCUUCCUUUACUGAUUCAACAAGAUCUAGGCGGUAGGAAUCCUGAUACUGUGACGUCUACACCCCUGCUGUGCUUGAGCAGCCAAAACUCUUUCACGUCUUGUAGUGUUGGUGAUAGGAAACAAAGGCUGUCUGAAAAUGUACCGGUCAGUGAGGUCAUGGAUAUUGAAGGGAAAGCAGACUUGGUGGGCACAGACUCUGAGGCUUCUUGUAAACCUGCUCUCAUGUCAUCUGACACUUUACUACUUAGUUCAGCUUUAUCGCUGCCAUCAGAUGCUCUCUCUAUUAACUCAGUGUCAGUGCUCUCUGAAGACAGUAUUACAAAAACAAUUUUAUCCAAAGAGAAGUCACUUUUUUCUAUAGACAAACCCUUUAGUUUGUUAUCUGAUAUCUCAGACAGAAGUGUAUCUCUGGAAAGUAUACCUUCUGUAAGUGUAUUCAAUCCAUCAGCGAACAAUGCCAAGGUUAUCAAUGCAAUUGGUACAAUCUCAGCCUGUGACAAGAUCUCCCCGCCCAACACACUGCUCUCCUCUAGCACUUUGGCAAAUGCAGGGGUGGCUGUCUUGGGUGGUCACAGGAUUCCACAAUCUGUUUUUCUCCUUGUGAAGCAAGCAAAAGCACCAGCUUCAUCAGUCCCUGCAGAUACAGCAGCAGGUGUUCCACCACAGGAGAAAAGUAAUAUGGGGAGCAAAUAUGACAAUUGUGAUAAACUACCACUAGUUUUGAUGGAUUUCCAAAGUUCAUCUCAAGAAGAGACAAGUAAUCAGCAGCUUCAAACAGCAGUAGAGGAUAAAAAUGAUACUGACACAGAGCUCACUGACAAUGAAGAUGUUAAACAAGAUAGUUUGACUAGAAGUGAUACUGUAAUUCUGGAAACUGACAAGCCAUCAUCUUCUAGGGCCUCUCAAUUGAUUGCAUCGGAGGAAACACUUAUUCUUUCAGAGGAAGAGAAGUCAAAGCAACCAGAGGAGCCUGACAGACUCUCAGAGGGAUUUAGCUUCAAAACUUUGUCAACACUCUCUGCCAGUACACCUGAGUCAUCUUCUCAUGUGAGUGACAAUGCCUCGACAGAUAGUAAAUCGUUUGUUCAAAGUGCUAGUAUGGGUGGUUCUCAAUUACCAAAUCUAUCGAGGAUUCCCUUGUCUAUUGUUUUGAAUAGUUCUACCAACAACUCUGUUAAUGAUGUUUUCUUAAGCUAUGGUGAUGGUCAGGUGCCCAUGCUGAGGUGUUUGUCUGGAGACCUUCUUGAUAUCUCUGGCUUGCUGCAAAUGGGACAGUACAACAAUGCCUUCAUCAUGCCAGGUAGUCAGCAAGCUGUAGCGUCUGCUGUCACAGUAGGUGAGGCCCAGCCAGUACAAGUGUCGGCCAAGGAAACUCAAACUGACAUUGUUCUGGGCACCAACGCUGUUUUCUUCCAUCCCAGUAACCUGACUUCUAACUCAGAAUCAGAAGGCUCAGACGCUUCUCAUGCCACACUUGUGAAUGUCACACCUUCAGCUCACUCUUCAAACAUUCCAGCCACUGUGAUAAUGACGGAAGAGGCUUCUACAGGUAAUGCAGAACCUUUCCUCCAGCCUGUGUCGUGUUCUGAAAUCUACUCAAACCAGUGCAAUGCACAAGAUGCCAUUAGUUCAGAGGAGCCAGCGGUAGAAGAUGCAGUUGAGGCCCCCUGCUUGUUUCCUUGUGUCAACUGUGAGGAAACUUUUAAAUCGAAAAUGGAACUCACCAAGCAUGAGAGAACUCACAAAAAAACUUUCAAAUGUGACCUGUGUAAUGCUUCUUUUACAAGAAUGGGAAAUUUCACAAGACACAGAAAAAUACAUAAUCUACAAUCAGAGACUCAGAAUGUGUACAAUUGUGAUGUCUGUGGACGGGAGUUUCUUCAACGAUGUGACCUCAAGAGACAUUUACUUAUUCAUGCCAAGCAAGAACCCUAUCGAUGUGAAAAAUGUGGCAAAGGUUAUGUUCGUCGCAGUGACCUGGUAGUGCACAUGAGAUUCCACAACAAAGAUCGAGCGUUCAAGUGUUCAUCCUGUGAUAAAAAGUUUUUUCAGACAGGGGAUCUAAACCGCCAUGUGCGAAGAGCCCAUCGACCAAACUCCCAGUUGACAUGUGGACAUUGUGAUAGAAAAUACGCCUGUGAGACAACACUUAUUCGUCAUAUGAAAGCUUCGCAUAAAGAUAUCAUCUUAAGGACAGUACACCAGAAGCUACAAGAAACAGAUUCAAGCACAGGUACCAAGAGCACCAGCUGCAAUAAGGUCUUGUUCACCAUGACGGAAAAGCAGAGUUCAUAAUAAUAAAAACCUGUGAAGUGGCUUGGCCUAUUGAUACAAGAAUCUUUACUUUUGAAACUUUAAUUGGUGAUUUCUUCUUACUGAUAUGUUAGUGCUACUAGGAACAGUCAAUAAAUAAGCAAUGUAUUGUGAACAUGGAUAGCUCAACCUAGUUUGGGGGCUAGGAAAGGCAGGGAUGGGUUAGGAGAGGAGGUAGUCAUUCAGUUUUUCAUGGCUGUGUUACUUGGGGUAAUAUGUAUUUCUUUUUUUUUUUAAAGAGUUAUUGUAACAAUUACAUACCCUAAAUGUCCUCUGAAUUUUCAUAAUUGAUUUCAUCAAUUUAUCUGUUUCUUUUUUGUUUAUUUUCAUGUUGUUACUGUUGCUAUGUUUUAUUCCAUACUGUUGGCUUUUUUCCCCCAUCUUUUUCUUACUUGUUGCUGUAACAAGUAACACCUGAAAUAAAUAAGUUAUUGAAUGUAGGUGUUAUCCCUCCCUCUCUCCCUCCCUCCCCCCUUUCCCUUUCCCCUUCUCUCUCUCUCUCUCUCUUUCUCUCU